AUGGCUGGAAAGAGUAGAAAAGAUAAAGUUUUAGAACAGGAACGAGAUUGGCUUUUACAUGACAGCAAUAAAAGAAUUGCAAACAGACGUGUUUGGAAAUUAAGUGACUAUAAUACCUUUUUUUGUAGCUUGCUGGUUGGCAUGGAGGACAUCCUUAGCGCUGAAUUUUUGUUUGCUCCAAUUGUCCAUGGUGAUCAUUGGUGGUGCUACUGUGUGAACCUUAAGACGAUGAAAUUUUUUGUGUUUGAUUCCCUAGGACAUAGUAGAAACAACCGCACAAGGAUAGACAACUACAUUGCGCGUAACAUGGAAUUGUUUUUGUGUAUGUUAUUGAAUUGUGAAUCGGAGAAGAAGCCAUCUUUUGAAGUGCUGUGUGUGGACACUCCAAUUCAACCUAAUGGUCAUGACUGUGGGGUCCUAGUAUUGAAAUUCAUAGAGAUGUGGGAUGGUGUAAGUCAAUUUAAUGGCAAAGCCCUGCCUAACUACACUAAUGAGGAGCUGCAAUUAAUUAGGCAGAAAUUCGUUUGUGAUUGGGUUUUACAUGAAGAUAAUGUCCUUCGCGAUGAAGUAAUUAAGCACUACGAUCUGCUGUUGAAGAAAUAG